GGCCCCUCUGCUCUCCCCAAGGGUACAUGCUAUAGUUGCCCACCCGUCUUCUACCCGUCAUUCGACCGUGGAAAUCCCGUCGUCGUCUGCGUCUCGUCGGCUCUCUGUAUUUCCUCCUCGUCGUCCUUUCGGAUUUCCAGUCAGCGGAUUCGCCCCCAGCCCGGACUCCUUCCCUCACCUCCAGUCACGAGACCAAGAUGGCCGUUCUUCGGAGUGUACUUGGUUCUUUGGUGGGUGUUUACUGUUGCUCACAGCUAGCCGCCGCCUACGUCGUUGGCAACCCUGUCUCCCUGCCGGGCUACCAACACGUCUUCCCGAACCCAGCACGCGUGGAUGUCCUGCCGCCCAAAUUCCAGCCGGCCGACGAACAGCAACAACAACAACCUGCCGAACCACUCGUUCCAAAUGGCCUCGAGGACUGGAUUAAGGAUCAGAGGAAGACUUCGAUGCGAUUCUUGCUCGAAAAUAUCGCCCCCAACGGCUCGAACGCUAGAGGCGCUGCGCCCGGUUCCGUGAUCGCUUCGCCGUCGAAAGACGCUCCGAACUACUACUACCAGUGGGUGCGGGAUGCCGCAAUCACCAUGGCCGAGGUCGUCGCCGAAUACGGGGAGACCAAGGACGAGAGUCUCAAGGCCAUAAUCGAAGAUUACGCCAAGCUUCAGGAUAGCAUCCAGAACACGUUCAACCCCAGCGGCGGCUACACCACUGGCGGUCUCGGGGAGCCCAAGUUCAUGAUCGACGGUGCUCCAUUCACGGAGAAUUGGGGACGUCCGCAACGGGACGGUCCUGCUCUCAGAGCUCUUACUCUGAUGAAUUACGUUCGGAUGCUGAACGAGACGGACCCUUCGCUCAUCAGCCACGACUGGCUUAGGAAGUUGUACGAUGGAAAGUUCCCCACGCGUUCAGUGAUCAAGGCCGAUUUGGAAUAUAUUUCGCACUCUUGGAAUCUUACCGGAUUUGAUCUGUGGGAAGAGGUUAAGGAUCUGCACUUCUAUACCGCCCUUGUCCAGCACAAGGCUUUGGUUGAGGGACGCGAGUUGGCGGUGGUGCUUGGCGAUUCUGCCGCAGGGGUCUGGUAUGAGUCCCAGCGACACGAGCUGAGGAAGUUUCUCACCACUUCUUUCUGGAACAAGGAGCGCGGCCAUCUGGUUGCUUACCUGGAUACCCGGUAUCGGUCCGGUAUUGACUGUAGCUUACUGCUAGCUUCCCUCCACGGCAGCCAGGAGGACCUUUUCCCUCCUUGGUCGGACGAGAUUCUUGCGAGUCUUGCGGUUCUCGUUGCCGACAUGGCCGAGAGGCAUCCUAUUAACAAGCAGACCCCGCCGUUCUACCCUGAGGGAAGGCUUCGCGGCGUUGGCAUCGGCAGGUACCCCGAGGAUAGGUACGACGGUGUUGGUCUCGGUGAAGGAAAUCCAUGGUUCCUCUGCACGUCUUCUGUAUCCAACAUUCUCUACAACACGAUCGAGCGCUUCCUCGAGCAAGGUUACUUCGACAUCAACGACAUGAACCUCGGCUUCUACCAGCGGUUGCACCCUACCGGCAACGCAGUGACAGGACGCUACACUGCUGGCCAGCCGGAAUUCAAGAACUACCUCACCGACAUGUUUAAGUAUGCCGACAGCUUUUUAAACGUGAUCCGCUGGCACGCGACACCCGAAGGCCGCCUCAGCGAGCAGUUCAACAAGUAUUCGGGCUGGCAACGUGGCGCUAAGGACUUGACCUGGAGCUAUGGGAGCUUUACGUCGGCGGCGGACGAUAGGGAGGUUGCAAAGAAGGCACUGGUCAGGGGUAUGGCUGUGGCUGCAUGAGUACUUGGGUUAUGAGUGUGUGUGUCUGUGUGUGUGUCUGUGUGUGUGUUUGUGUGUGUUUGUGUGCGCAUGGCUGGUUUCAUUAUUACUACUACAACCCUACAUUACGUGGUUCUGUUUGCGAUCGAUUCCACUUUUUAUGAAUGACGCGGGGUUUGGGCGCUUUUCGAUGGGUAGACUGUUUUUUUGUACUGUAUGAGUCGAGUCGAGAGAGUUGAGCGGUGUGUGGAUACAAUCGACAUCGUUACGAAUA